UUCUGCAUACAUGUGGUGUAGAUGAUCGUUUACCAAUGAAAGAAAGAUUUGUGGAUGGCCUCUCAAUAGUUCACAGUUGUGAAAACCCUAGAAAACCCCACCCUGUCUCCACCUCGAUUUGUGGAAAUUCCAUUGAUCCAACAUAUAAUCAGACCCAACCGCAUAAGUAAACGAACCGACCGUUGAGCUUUCGAAAGUCUUAGCUGCAACUGUAUUCUUUCUCUGUCAGUGCAGGGAAUUGGUGCUGAGAGGGUUUGAAUUGGUUGGCUUGGAACUUCAACCCGUUUGAGUUUCGAGAAGGAUUGAAGGUGGAAAAAGUUGCGUAAUUUUGAUCUUUGUUAAUUGGAACUAGUUCAUUUGGAAGGGACUGCGUGUGGAAGAUGUAUUGGAUUUGACAAAAUUGUAAAAGAAAAAUAAAGGUGGGAUCUUUUAUUCGUCACUGGAACUUCUUGCUGUUUUGUUGAUAUGGGAACUACAUAGGUGAGGUGGACCAUUCCAUUGUUUGACUUUAACUGUGAUAAUACACAAGGAGCUUCGAAAUUUUCUUGUUAUGAUGAGCACAAAGAAAGUAAUUUGAUGAUUUAGGGAACUUCAUGGAAAUCUAUAAGUGCAGAGGCUGACUAAAGAUUAAAGGGUUUGCCAGUUUGUGAUUUCUGCUUGAGGGUCUUCUGCCUGAGGUGAAUAUUAGGGCCCCUGUGAUUGUGAAAUAAAUUAAUGAUGGAUGAAGCUCCAUGCAGCUCCAACUCAUUGCCUCCUUUUCUUGCCAAGACUUAUGAGAUGGUGGAUGAUCCAUCGUCUGACUCUGUUGUAUCUUGGAGUCAGAACAAUAGAAGUUUCAUUGUGUGGAAUCCUCCAGAAUUUUCAAGGGACCUUCUGCCAAGAUUCUUUAAGCAUAACAAUUUUUCCAGCUUUAUCAGGCAGUUGAAUACUUAUGGUUUCAGAAAAGUUGAUCCUGAACAGUGGGAAUUUGCAAAUGAAGAUUUUGUUAGAGGUCAGCCCCACCUUUUGAAGAAUAUCCAUAGACGCAAGCCUGUACACAGUCACUCUACACCCAACCUGGCCUCAUUACCUGCCCUAACUGAAUUUGAAAGGAAAGGAUAUAAGGAUGAUAUCGAGAAACUAAAGUCUGAUAAAGAAUCACUUCAGGCGGAACUACAGAGACACAAGGAGGAGCAACAAGGUUUGAAAGUGCAGAUGAAGGCUUUGACUGAACGCGUGCAAAAUGUGGAACACCGACAUGCAAAUAUGCUAUCCUCCUUGGCCAAGACAGUACACCAACCAUCUAUUUCCUUGGACCUCAUGCCACAAGUUGAAGUUCAUGACAGGAAGAGAAGAUUUCCUGGAAAUAGUUACUUAGGUGAUGAAACCAGCACGGAAGAUAACCAGAGGGCUGCUUCUCAAAUUACAACAAUUGAAGAUUUAGAUGCUAAUUUACUUUUGACUUUGAAUAAGGAAUUGUUGGAGCAGCUAGAGUCUUCUCUAACGUUUUGGGAGAAAAUAGCAUUUGAGAUUGGUGAAGGUUUGGUGCAACCCCCUAAUUCAUCCUUGGAGCUGGUUGAAUCUACAAGUUGUGCACCCAGUCCCAGCAUGUGUUGCGCCCAACUGAACAUUGAUGUUGGGAGCAAGGCUUCUGGGGUUGACAUGAAUUCUGAUCCAAAAACUGCUCCUCUUGAUGUUGGGAGCAAGACUUCUGGGAUCGACGUGAAUUGUGAACCAAUUACUGCUUUGGCUCCGGAGGUGCAAUCUCCUCCUGAAGAACAGGCAGUGGCCACAGGAAACAAUGUGCGAACAGGGGUCAAUGAUGUAUUCUGGGAACAGUUUCUUACUGAAAAUCCUGGUGUGAAUGAGUCUUCUGAAUUUCAGUCAGAGAGGAAAGAUUCACAAGACAAGAAAAAUGAAAACAUACCAGGUGAUCAUGGGAUAUAUUGGUGGAAUAUGAGGAGAGUAAAUAACCUCGCCGAACAGUUGGGACAUCUUACUCCAGCAGAGAGAACUUGAUACAUGUAGGUUAAUAUUAUUCUUUCUGAGUGCAUGCACUUUUUGAUGUCUAAUGCUUUGGUUGUAAAUUUGGAUGUGAGUUGUUUUGGUCUGGCAGUAGAUAGACAUUUGGUAUAUAUACUCCACUUGUUGCACAUAUUAUAGAUAUUGCCUUGAGGAACUUUUCACUUUGUACACAUUAUUAUGGUUAACUAGAGGAGUGUCAUCUCGACUUGACUUU